AUGAGAACUCUCUGUCCUCUCUCUAUAUUUCCCUCGUCAGAGGGAAACUGGUCGCCGGCCGACAGCUGUCUGCCGCCGCAAUCCUCUGUCGCCGGCUACCGUGAGAUGGUUUUUAUAACCAUCUCCGGUGAUGGCUUCGGACUGGGUAAAGAGACGCUAUACGAGGCUGGAGCACGCAGGGUUCUAGUGACGGGCACGGGACCGAUGGGUUGUGUUCCAGCGGAACUGGCUAUGCGUGGCACCAAUGGCGGAUGCUCCAAAGAACUACAACGUGCUGCGUCCUUGUACAAUCCUCAACUUGUUCAAAUGCUAAAUGGACUCAACAAGCAGAUAGGCAAAGAUGUCUUCGUCAGUGCAAAUACUCAGCAUGCACAACGAUUUCGAUUUGUAACAUCGCAGAUAGCGUGUUGUGGACAAGGACCUUACAACGGGCUCGGUCUGUGUACUGAUCAGCUGUCGAACCUGUGUCCGAACAAAGCUGUGUAUGCGUUUUGGGAUCCAUUCCAUCCAUCAGAGAAGGCUAACAGAUUGAUUGUGGAGCAAAUAAUGACUGGAUCUAAUGAGUACAUUCACCCCAUGAAUCUAAGCAGCGUAAUAGCAACGGAUUCAAGGAUCUGA